AUGACGCAACCAUCCACCAUCGCCUCGCGCUUCUUGUCCCACCCCAACCAGCUCGGUGUGGUAGCUGUCGGGUUCAAUGGCGGACAGAUGAAAAAGGGCGUCGAAGCCGCCCCAAUGGCCCUGAUCGAAUCCGGCCUCCUCACCCAACUGAGCGAGGACCUCGAAUAUGACAUCCACCACGAUAACACCGUCCACUACUACGAGAAAGAUAUUCCAUCCGAGGACCAAGAUCCCCCUCACCGAAACAUGAAGAAGCCCCGUGCUGUCAGCGCCGUUACCGAGCGACUAAGCUCCCAGGUGUACAACUACGCCAAGGAUGGCAAGUUCGUCCUUACUCUGGGCGGCGACCACUCCAUCGCUAUUGGUACGGUUUCCGGUACCGCGAAGGCAAUCCGUGAGCGUUUGGGUCGUGAGAUGGCGGUCAUUUGGGUUGACGCCCAUGCCGAUAUCAAUAUUCCUGAGAUGAGCCCUAGUGGUAACAUCCACGGUAUGCCUAUGGCGUUCCUGACUCGGUUGGCGAAGGAAGAUAAGCCCGAUAUAUUCGGCUGGUUGAAGGAUGAGCACAUUGUCAGCACUCGGAAGCUGGUGUACAUUGGUCUUCGGGAUGUGGAUCGAGGCGAGAAGAAAAUCUUGCGUGAUAAUGGAAUUAAGGCAUUCAGCAUGCACGAUAUCGACCGCCAUGGCAUUGGUCGCGUUGUCGAGAUGGCUCUCGCAUACAUUGGAAACGAUACUCCUAUUCAUCUAUCCUUUGAUGUCGAUGCGCUGGACCCCCAGUGGGCUCCUAGCACCGGUACUCCAGUUCGCGGUGGUCUCACUCUUCGUGAAGGUGAUUUUAUCUGCGAGGCCGUGCAUGAGACAGGUAACCUGGUCGCUAUGGACCUGGUAGAGGUUAACCCCAACCUACAAGAAACAGCCGGUGCCGCGGAGACUAUUCGCGCGGGAUGCUCGUUGGUCCGCAGUGCACUGGGCGAUACCCUCUUGUAA